AUGAAUUUGGCGGAUCCAUGGAGCACUGGCAGUAGCGAUUCCAUCAACAGUAAUCCCCACUCAACGUCCCUUCAGUUUGAAGACAACUUUGAACCACCCGGAGUGUGCAGCAGUGAAAACCAACAGCCGAGGGAAGGACGUCUUCCGGAUUCCGACAGCUAUCUGGCGGUGUUAGAGCGUCGAUUGAAGCGAAUCAGAUCGAAUCCUACCGUGCUUCAGCAGUUGGCCGAGAGACGCGAGGCGUGUAUGCAGCAUCUGCUGAACGAUAACAGCAGCGCACGUAGAAAUUCCGACCUUGAGCUGGACGAACCGGUCAACAAUCACGAACUGUUGCGCUUCAUUAGGCCCGAACAAGCGCUGUCCGUUGCGGAACUCGUGCACCUGAUCAAGUACGAUCACCUCGAGCAGGAGCCGACGACACAUCAGGAGCAAGAACCAGACUCCGGUAAAGAGGGGGAAGAGAGCGGAACGGAGAGCUCAACCAGUCGCUAG